CAAAUCGCCUCUCGUUCAGGUCAGAGCUUAGCAGAAGAGACUUUUCUAAUACUAACAGGAGUAACCGUAUCGUCUUAUUUUCGCUAUAAAAUAGCCGGGACAAUGAUGAUCCCCAGUGUUAUUGCACCUUCUGCAAUAUAUUCAGCAUUUAUGCGUCCUGCAGCUUCGUUGCAUUCGCCUUUCCCAGCUCAUCCGAGCUUUCUAGUGGAGGACCUCCUGCGCAUCAACAGACCCAGCGGUUACCAGAUCCACGACCCGCACUCGCCAUGCGCCUCUCCUCCUACUUCAACACCCUUUUCCAUCCCGGAUAACUCCAGGCUUUUGGACAGAGUCAGCCCAAGUAUCACGGAGAAACAUGGAUCUUGCUCCCCAAAAACGCCAGUCUCUAGCAAGGAUCCAACCUACCUCAAGUUUGGGGUGAGUGCCAUCUUGGCACCGUCACCAAAGAAAGCCACAUCUCCAUCCUCCGUUCACGGCAUGCAUCCCAAAGGAUUCCCUGUGCCUUAUUUCGAUGGUUCCUUCUGCCCUUUCGUCCGUUCCUCAUACUUCCCUGCUCCUUCAUCGGUUGUACCCAUCCGUGGAACUUUUUCCUGGCCUCUUGCUGCGAGAGGGAAGCCCAGAAGAGGGAUGCUCCGCCGGGCGGUGUUUUCUGAUGUGCAGCGCAAAGCUCUGGAGAAAAUGUUCCAAAAGCAGAAAUAUAUCAGCAAGCCUGACAGGAAAAAGCUCGCGUCGAAACUCGGACUUAAAGAUUCACAGGUGAAAAUUUGGUUCCAGAACCGGCGAAUGAAAUGGAGAAACUCCAAAGAGAGGGAGCUGCUUUCCUCCGGAGGUUGCCGAGAACAAACCCUGCCGACCAAAACAAAUCCUCACCCAGAUCUCAGCGACGUGGGUAAAAAGUCCUCUGAGGAUGAAGAUGAAGACGAUGCUUGCGGAGAUAGUCCUCGUGCAUCACAUUUCUGCCUCUCACCAAGACGUGAACUUUUAAACAGCACUGAUUCCAGUAUUUCAUUCAAACACUCGGACUUUUCUGAAUCAGAUGAUGAAAUAACAGUGUCAUAAGCAACUUUUGUAUAAUGUCUGUAUUCAAGCACAAGUGUACGCAAUAACCAUGUUGUGGUGUUAUUGGCGUAUAAUUUCACUUCUACGUUCACUUCUAGUGUUUGUAGCAAAUUAUUUCCACAUCACUUUAUAUUUACUUAUUUGGAAAUUCUUCGUAAGAUGAUUUUGCUGUGUCGCACAGCUUUUUGGGGGAACUGUACAGUAUUUUGUACAAAUAUUUUUGUAUGGAUAUUUUAUACCAAGAAUUUUGAGUUUUAGAUUCUUUAUUAAAGUUGUAGACGUGUAUAAUUUAUACGAAUUUAUCUCUUUGCCACAUUGUAUGCAUAUGUAUAUGUUGAACAUGUUUUGUAUCGUUUGCAAAUAAAUUGUAAAUUUCA